GUGUGCAUAUCGUGAAGUGAACUAAAAACCUCUAGUGAAAAAUGGCUCGUACUAAGCAAACUGCCCGUAAAUCUACUGGUGGCAAAGCCCCUCGUAAGCAAUUGGCUACCAAAGCUGCUCGUAAGAGCGCACCAGCCACCGGUGGUGUUAAGAAGCCACAUCGUUUCCGCCCUGGUACCGUUGCUUUGCGUGAAAUCCGUCGCUACCAGAAGAGUACUGAGUUGUUGAUCCGCAAAUUGCCUUUCCAACGUUUGGUUCGUGAAAUUGCCCAAGAUUUCAAGACUGACUUGCGUUUCCAGAGCUCUGCUGUCAUGGCCUUGCAAGAAGCUAGCGAAGCCUACUUGGUCGGUCUCUUCGAAGAUACCAACUUGUGUGCCAUCCAUGCCAAGCGUGUCACCAUCAUGCCCAAGGAUAUCCAAUUGGCCAGACGUAUUCGUGGAGAACGUGCUUAA